AUGGAAGAAGUGAUGAGGAGGACCAGAGGAGGAGCCUCAGAGCCAGCAGAGAGGACCUCAUCAGCCUCAGAGCCAGCAGAAAAGAUGCCUCGGAUGGAGGCUGCAAGCCAGAGCAAACUUGGAAGCAUUUUUGAUGAAAUCCUGGAGGAAAGCACAUCUGUGUCAACCCUCACAAGUGUAGGUAUUGAAGUGCAGACCUACUUAGCAAGUGUGGAGAGCGAAAGGCUCUUCAGCACAGCCUCCAUUAUUAUCGAUGAAAGGAGGAACAGGCUGACGGCUGAGAAGGCCGAAAUGUUCAUCUUUUUGAAGAAGAACCUGCACCUCAUGUUGAAAAAGACAGAUCUCUACACACCUGUUGAUGAUGAUGCUGAUGAGGAGUUGGACCGUAUUGUAAGCGAAGUCCACAGAAGCCAUCCAAACACCGGCUACAAGCUAAUGCGUGGACAUUUGAAUGCUAGAGGUGUGCGUGUUCCAAUCUCAAGACUGCGAGAGUCUUUGCACAGAGUGGAUGCUGAGGGAGUGUACAUGAGACCUCUACGGCUGCAUGUAAUAAGACGACGGCAGUAUUCUGUUCCUGGCCCAAACUCUUUAUGGCACAUAGAUGGUCACCACAAGCUCAUAAGGUGGAGAUUUGUUGUCCAUGGUGGGGUGGACGGAUUCAGUCGACUGGUGGUCUACCUGAAUGUGGCUGGCAAUAAUAGGGCUAGCACUGUCCUACAGAGCUUUAUCAAUGCCGUUCAGCAGUACGGGCUGCCGUCAAGGGUACGGUCUGAUAAAGGAAGAGAGAAUUCAGACGUAGCAGAAUUCAUGAUCAGGAGCAGAGGUACCAACAGGAACUCUCACAUCACAGGCAGAAGUGUACACAAUCAGCGAAAAGAGAGGAUGUGGAGAGAUGUUUAUGAGCAUGCCCUAGACCUCUUCUAUCAGAUCUUCACUUCAUUGGAAGAUCAGGGAACACUCAAUCCAGACAACGAAGUCCAUCUUUAUGCCAUGCACCGGAUCUUCCUUCCCCAAAUUCAGAGAACCCUCAGCUCCUUCAGAGAUGCUUCGAACUUUCAUGGACUUAGAACUGAAAGGAAUCAAUCACCUAAUGAACUCUGGAGAAGAUACAGAGAGCAAGGCCCCAUGGAGGAAAUUUAAAAAAAAGAUUGUAGU